CCCCGGACCCAUUUGCCCUGUCCUGUAGCUCUUUGCCAUCUUCGCCUUCGGCUCCUGCGGCUCCUUCAGCGGAGAGACCGGAGCCACAGUGAAAUGUGACAGCGGAGGGAUGACAGCCAUCAGCAUCCAGUUCGGGUACCCCUUCAGGUUAUACCAGAUUCCCUUUGGGAUGCCGAAUUGUGAGGAUGAAUCAGAAGCCCGCACCCUGUACCUCGUUGGUGAUUUCUCCGCUCCCGCUGAGUUUUUUGUGACCCUGGGGGUCUUCUCCUUCCUCUACUCCAUGGCGGCUCUGGUGCUCUACCUCCGCUUCCAUUCCCUGUACACCGAAAACACGAAGCUGCCCUUCACAGAUUUCUGCGUCACCGUCUGCUUUGCCUUCUUCUGGCUGGUGGCAGCGGCGGCGUGGGGCAAGGGGCUGAGCGACGUGAAGGCGGCCACGCGCCCCGCCACCCUCAUCGCUGCCAUGGGGGUCUGCCAGGGCGAUGGGGUGGUCUGCAACGCCGGCACCACGCCAGCCAUGGGGCUGGCCAACAUCUCAGUGGUUCCUCAGUUCAGCCAGGAGAGGGCAGUGGGAAGGUGA